UUUGUUUUGAGAAUUGACGGAUGGAAACCAAUACAGAAUUAUUUUUACAUUAUCAUUCGUCCGUUCCCCUUCCAUAAACAGUAAUAAACAAAUGAACAAUUGAGGACUUAUUAUCAUCAAUUAUUUUUCGAUCAUCGAGGAAAACACCGAACAACGAAAAAAUAUACAGCAAUCAGCGAUGAAUGAAGUAGACUGCAAAUUCACCUCAAAUAACCCGGUGUUGAUAACCCACAAGGUAUCAAAAAUCCUCGAAUCCGCUGAGAAAAAAAUACGAAGCGAGGGGGACACAGACCCCCUGAAGCUGCCAGAGCUGAAUUCAUUGUUCACACAGUGCAACAGUGACAAUGCAGUCGUCAGCUCGGUGACCUGCCAGGCCCUGGUAUGUCUGGUGGAGACGGGACUGUUGGAAGUGCCGCCAAUCCUGUCCAAGUUCAUCGCGAUACUCGGGGAAACGAGGAAUUAUUUACCAAUCACAUCGGCAAUAUGUGAUUUACUGAAAUUAGACUUGAAGAACAGGAAUGCUAGUGAUGAGUACACCUGUCCGUUCUCGAUAAAGGCGCCUCAGCAUCCCCUUAUCACUGUUCUCAUGCAGAAGAAUACUGUCUGGAGGGAUAUUCUGGGGCACAUGCAGUCCAUGAUUCAUCAGUCAGAUCCAAAAUUCCUGCGACACUACAUUGAGCUCCUCCGUCCAGUCUUCGUCUACAUCCUCUGUAAUCCCACAUUAAACCUCCCAGAGAGCUGCAAGCAGCAAGCCUGGCACGUGCUAAUAAGAACUGACGAAACACUCCAUCUGCAGCUGGAAAUCCUGCAAUGGCUCCCCAUGAACGACUCAAACUCCUGCGUAGACACCAGCAACAGAAUUCUGGAGCUCUCUGAAUACCUUGUAGCUUCGAAGAACACAGAGUUAUGCACAGCGUUGUUGCCUCUGGUGGCAGCAGUAGCUCUGGACCUCUUGAAACACAAUUGCGAUCCAAGAGCUAACAUCCUCAUGAUGGAAACGAUGAUAGAUUACGCUGAUGAAACAGUGGGGAGUAUCGUCAUGUUUCUGUUAUCCGAAAUCGUGGAGAUUACUCCUAGUGUUUACCUCCCAAACAUAAUCGAACUAGGUUCCAUGCUCCUCUCGAAAAGCGCCUGCAACGAGACCUCCUCCUACUCCUUCAUGGGCUCGAUCCUCCCCUGGAUGGCCUACGCCUCCCUCCUCUCCUCCGAGGCCCUAAAAACCGCAAAGUCCCUCAUAUCAUCAAUAACCGAGAAACGUGACUGGCCCCUUCCCCAGCUCCCGCAGCCCUCCCCACUCCCCGCGGGACAGCUCCAGCAUUCCAACCCAAACUACCAAUUCUACUCCAUAAUCUGUUGCCACCUCUCCCCCGAGGCCCUGGUCCCCUGGCUGGAGAGACUAUCCCAGGCCCCAGCAGGCGUUCUCCUCGCCUACAAGCACGUGCUAUCAGGCCUGUUCCUCCAGACCAGCGCCAGCCCAAUCACCUCCCUCACAUCAAAGGCCCUCUCCAGGAUCUCCAAGGCCUCCCCAGACUUCGCCCUCAACGUCCUCUCCCUGGUCCUCCACAAGCUGACAAAAUCCAAGGACAUCUCACAGACGAAGGAGGUCCUGUUCACAGUCCCAGACCUCGGCAUAUCCAAAGAGAACAUGCCCACGAUAAUCCACGUCCUGGAGACGCUGUCCUCAUCAGACGCCCCCCUGAAGUACGUCGCCAUCGAGCUCUACCUGAAGCUCUGGGAGGUGGAGCCCCGCUGCCACCGCUAUCUCCUCUCCGCCCUGAUCACCCUGACUUCCAACGACUCCUCCUUCAUGGGGACAGUCACCUGUGCCAACGCCAUGAAGCUCAUCUGCGAGAGGCGUCCAGAGCAGGGGGCAGAGCUGGUUCCCUUGCUCUCCCAAAUCCUGAACAAAUGCACCAGCAACACGGGGUCAGCUGCGAGUGCUCUCGCCCUUCGGGGCAUCUCGGCCCUCUGCGUCUCAGGAGUGGCGGACGUCUGCUCCACCUGGCGCGUGCUCUCCCCCAGGAUGAGUGGAGAGAAACGAACAGUCGUCAUUGUCAGCAUCUGCGAGUUCUUCGGGGACAUUCCGUUGGCCUCAUCUUACCUCGAGGACGACUUCAACGAGCUGCUGGGGGAGAGCCUCAGGAAACUGUGGGACUACGCCUGCCACGAGAAUAUGGAGAUCGUCGAGGCUGCCUUCAAGGCUUUGGCGUCGUACAAAGUCCAGCAGAUGAGGGUCUCCCAUCUCCCUGAGAGCUUCAGCGCGGUGCCUCGGUCUAAUGGAGGGAGGGGGGGUGGGGGGUCUGAAGAGCUCUUGGAGGAGGAGCCGGCCUACGUCCCAGGGGCCUGCUGGGUCCAGAUGCUGGGGAACGUUCGAGAGCAGGCGCUGUCCACUGCUGGCGAUCUGCUGAUUAAAUUCAUCAACGAGGAGUUGUACAGCUACAGGAGUGGAAUAUACAUGUGGCCCAUGGGGGAGCCUGUGAACUUCAAUUAUCUCCCUGACAAGAGCCCUGCGAGGAGCAUCGGGGAGUACCUGAGGCACUACGAAUCAGGGACAGCCAAAUCUAAAUUUAAUAUUGAUGGGGAUCCCCGCCACGAAUCCAACAAAUCGAGUGGAAGAGACAGGGUCGCAGUCGAGUGCAUGAGGAUUUUCUCGAUGAAGUAUCCGAAGGCGUUGCCUCCUGUUCAGUUCAGUCUGCUGAGUGAUGCCAUCAAUAUCUCUGAUGAAACUCGAGCCUAUGGUGUCUCGUUGGCGUGUCACCAGGCGGCUGUUUCACCGUCCGCUAAGGAGUAUCUCAGUAAGCUACUGGGGGAGAUGAGCGACUGCGGGUCAAUGUCUCCUCAGGAGUUCACGAAGUGCUGGCAUGUCUGUGGGCAUCUGGGUGAUGUCUGUCGGGGGGCAGCUUCGAGUGUGCUGGGACCCUUCCUUGAUGCCACGAUUAAUUACAUCGUUGAGAGGGCCAUUGUCGAUAAUGACAGUGCUGUCGUCAUGUUUAGGGAGGUCAUGAAGAGUUUUGCGAAUAUUCUGAGGGAUGACCUGGUGCUUCAUGAUAAUAAGACCAUAAUUGGGAAUAUUCUGGAGAGAUUGGGGGACAAAGUCGACGUUGAUCACAAGAUAUUUGGGAGUAUUGUCGAGGCGAUGCUGGAAUUGCCGACGGAACAGAUCGAGAGGAUGACUUUGCCGAGUGUCUGGGAGGAGGUAACGACGGAGAGACUGGAGAAGGCUAUCGAAAUUCGAGGGGGGUUGGUGAUGAAGAGGAAUAAUGAGAUUCCCUUGAGCUGGAUGAAUGAAAUGCUUUGGGUGUGUUCGACGGUGCCGAGUGGGCAGAGGAGGCUGUUGAGGACGCUGCAGAGGAUUCUGGGGGAACUGAGGCAGGAGAAGUCGAAUGCUGGGUGGUCUUGGGACCUCAUGCGCAGGAUUCAGGCUUCGAUUGUGGAUGCUGAUGAUGAUAAGUCGGUGAAGGCUGCUGAGUUCCUCUGCGAUGCACUCUUCGUUACGAUUAUCGUAGUGACUUGUGAUGACUACUUGUUGGGGGAGGAGGGACUCGUUGCCUCGUCGCGGGAGGUCAGGGGGGAGCUGUUUCCGCACGCUGUUUACAGGGUUAGUCAGCUGCCUUGUUGGAAGAAUAUCGUGCAGCAGAUUAUGGAAUGGCUACAUCUUGUCAGAACGAGUUGUCUACCUGCAACGUACAAAAGUAUCUUUCAUAAUGCCCUAACGUCACUUAAGAAAGAACUGUAUUUAAAUGAGCACUGGACGAGAUAUUUAUCUGUUAAGAGUCCAUUGAGUUAUUCGGUACAUUCAAAAGACUAGAUUUUGAGAAAUUAUAAAAAUUAGUUCAUUGAAAUGCAGUGGGUCAUUAUUCCCACAAAUAUUAAUCUGGCUCAGGACCCCAACGAGGCUGCGAAUCAACUCGUUGAUUGUGCAGAUCAUCGUCCAGAAGAAAGUCUGAGAUUUAAUUUUAAUAUUAAAGUACCUAAUGUUUUAAUACGAUUUUCGUUUUAAAUAAAUCUACUAUUUUACAGUAA